UCCUCAUACCUGGACACCCAUCCCGUGCUAAACGGCAGCAUUUCCACAGCAUGCGCUUGAUUAGGCUACUCAGUGAGAAAGGACCCCUUCUUAGACCACUCUUCAAGAUCCGCGCUCUUAUAAUGACAGCCCCAGAAAAACUCGUUGAUUUCUAGCGAGGGAGGUGCUAUUACGCACCAAACGAGUGUCCUAUCCAAUUAUCUGGAAACCCGGCUUGUGUUGUAAUUGAAUCCUUAUUCCCCAACCGGUUGUUAUGGAUGGAGGUCGAGAGAGGGGUUAGUUAGUGCCUGUUGCUCUUUCCUGGUGCAGCAUGUUGCACGGGGGGUCACUCGCUUUAUCAGUCCUCAGGAUGGGCAAGUUGGAGGGAUUGAGGACGCUGCGCCGCCAACAAGAAUAAUUCACUCGUUUUCGGAGAGACGAUACGACUAGCGGAUAUCUUGGUUCCACCAUGCAAUACGUUCGCCUGGGUCGAUAAUUUACGCAAUUUUUAGGAGGAGUUUGCCUUUAUUACAUGUGAAGUUCAAUGCUGGAAUAUAAUUUUUAAUACGGAGUGUUUUCUUGUGUUUGGAGCGUUUUUUGUGUGUGAAGAACCUGCAGAGCAACUUUUGGAACAAAUUACGCAUACGCAGAGGAUGGUGUUUUACAUGUAGAGUGAAAGUUUCGCUCUGCGCUCUGUUGGGUCAUUAUUGUAUUACAUUUUUGUAUGUUUUCUGCUUUGCUAACAAUAUUCAAGAACGAAAUAGGUUUAAAGUCCUGGACUGCAGGAGAAAUGGCCAGCGAACUGAAACCACGGCUUUGUAUCAUGACAAAGAGUGAGAACGGGUAUGGGUUUCACUUGCACGGUGAGAAGGGGAAGAACGGCCAGUUCAUUCGCAAAGUUGAGCCCGCGUCGUCAGCCGAAGCUUCGGGGCUGCGCCCGGGGGACCGUGUCAUUGAGGUGAACGGGGGAAAUGUGGAAAAAGAUACGCACCAUCAAGUGGUGCAGAGGAUCAAGGCGGUGGAGCAUGAGACCAGACUGCUGGUGGUAGACCGGGAGACGGACGAGUACCUCCGCAGCCUGCGCCUCGUCUGCACCGAGGAGAUGGCUGUCCGUCUGGGGGGACCCACCUCUGUGUCCCCUGCCUCACCCCCAGCCUCACCACCCCCCUCCUCGCCCCCAGCCAAGAGAGAGAACGGCUCCGUGUCCAAGCUGCCCACUACCCUGACCAGAGAGGUACCCAAGCCCACGCGAAGGUCUCCGUCGCGGGCCGCCAAGAAGGAGGCUCUGGCCCAUGUUAAUGCCCAUGCCCAGGUGGCGCGGACACCAGUGGACCCAUCGGAGCUGUUCCCCAGGCUGUGCCACCUGGUGCGGGCCGAGACUGGCUACGGCUUCAACCUGCACAGUGAGAAGUCCCGGCCGGGCCAGUACAUCCGCUCCCUGGACCCUGGGUCUCCAGCCGACCACGCCGGGCUCAGACCACAGGACAGACUCAUAGAGGUGAAUGGGGUGAACGUGGAGGGCAUGCGUCAUGCGGAGGUCGUGGCCUUCGUAAAGAGAGGAGGAGAUGAGACCAGGCUGCUGGUGGUGGACCCUGACACAGACCAUCACUUUAAGAAGAUGGGUGUCACCCCAUUGGCCAGCCACGUUAAAGACUUUGAUGGUCCGUCCAUAUCCAACGGCUCCCCCAGUCCUCAGAUCAACGGCAGCUUCACCAGCAGCUCCAUCCAGUCACACCACUCUGACCUGAGCAGUCCAGACAACAGCCUGCAGCUGGGAGAGGACGAGGCGAGCCGUCUGAUGGACCCGUUUGCUGAGAUCGGCCUGCUCCUGAGUCCCACAGCGGCUGAGGCCAAAGAGAAGGCACACGCCAAGAGAGCCAAGAAGAGAGCCCCUCAGAUGGACUGGGACAAAAAACACCAGCUCUUCAGCAACUUCUGAACUUUUCUGCCACCCAAUGAGAGAAGCAGAAAGACUGAAGACUGUCGAAUUUGACAUUUCUGAAACUUACCUUCAACAUUCCUACCCGUUACCCCACCACCACUACCACCCAAUCCAACAGAAGAGAAUAUGCAGAUAGAAUGUUGUACUUUGAACGUUGGCCAUCCAACACCCACUCCCCCCUGCUUCCAAAAUGGACGGGAUGGAAUGAUGGACAUCUCAUCCUUUACCCCUCCUUCAAUCCUCCCUUCUUCCACCCUUCUCUAUACCCUCAUCCCACCCAGAGAGCUUGUCUACUGGACUGGAAUAAGAGACUCCAGCUUCUUCUGAAUCCUCCCGUCAUCAUCAGUCUUUCCCUAAACCAUCCAAUGUCCCUCCUCUACCACUAACUCCCACCUCCUCUUCUACCACUAACUCCCACCUCCUCUUCUACCACUAACUCCCACCUCCUCUUCUACCACUAACUCCCACCUCCUCUUCUACCACUAACUCCCACCUCCUCUUCUAUCACUAACUCCCACCUCCUCUUCUAUCACUAAAUCCCACCUCCUCUUCUACCAGUAACUCCCACCUCCUCUUCUACCACUAACUCCCACCUCCUCUUCUACCACUAACUCCCACCUCCUCUGAGGACUGCUCUGGAAAGAGGAGGCACUUAUUUUUGUAUUUAGAAAGUAGAAAAGCACCAUGAUAGGUGUUAGCCAGCCCAGCUAUAAGAAGUAUGGGGAAUAUGGACUAUGUGAGAUGUUUGUGAACACUGUGACCUGAUCUUAAACAUUGGGGUUUGUUUUGACCCUGUAAGAGAAGGAACGUACGCCCAAAGAUGGAUAAAACUCUUCCUCCCAUGAUCCUGCUGUGAUUUUGUGUGAUCGAUGCGCCUCAGACGACUUCAAGGAUUCACUCACCAGGAAAAGCACAAACUGGAGGCUGAAUAGCAUUGCUUCUGUAUCAUCUCUGUUUGUAUUUGUAUCAAAGCAUCUGUUUUCUCACAAUGUCAUAACAUUUCCACUUUGCUCCCUAUGUUGGAUAUGAACUGGUAUUCAUAGAUGGUGUUAACAAUGCAUAGACAAUCAAAAGCCUUACUCCACCCAUCCCUCCCUCUCAAUAUGAUAGCAUUUAAGAUACAUUGACUAAAUGCAUGCAUACAUGCACACACACAAGCCCCCUAUGAUUCUCUAGCCUAUAGGCCUGCUUCACUCAUUCUAAGGCAGUUUUAGUUUAUUUAAGGGACCCUUAUCUUUAACAUCAAUGACAUCCUCUCCACUAUUUCAUAUCCCAAUGUCCCCGACAUAGAAAUAGAAUUACUAGAAUGGGAAUUCCUCAAUCAAGUUAAGAGUGAAUAGAUCAAGUGUUGAGUUUUUUACACUGCCUGUCUAGUACACCAGGGGGUGCCAAUAAGACACACAGCAACAUGAAGCCACUCCAGUACACUGCUCAGAGAUGUAUGAGGAUUGGGACAUGAAAGUACCAUAGCAGGAGAAGAUAGUCUGGGGAUGAUAUGACCACUUUAAAGAUGUAUGAGAUCUAUGUAACACCUUGUAACAUUUACAUAAAGCCUGCAGGUAUGUGUUAUUACUAGUUAUGAGUAUCUAUCAUGCUUUACCUGUUAUAGGCAAAUAUAAUGCUAUUUUACUUGCUACAGUAUGAGCAUGUAUAAUGCUGUAUUACUUAUGAGCAUGUAUAAUGCUGUAUUACUUGCUACAGUAUGAGCAUGUAUAAUGCUGCAUUACUUAUUAUGAGCAUCUAUAAUGUUUUAUUACUUGUUAUGAGCAUCUAUAAUGCUGCAUUACUAGUUAUGAGCAUCUAUAAUGCUGCAUUACUUGUUAUGAGCAUCUCCAUCUAUGAGCCGAACACCUUUUAUAUGCAAAAGUAUAGAUACAAAUAAUGUAUGAAAUAACAAGAUGGAUAUUGUACGGGAUUGAAAGUGAGCCCAGCGUAUCAAAGAAAGCUUACAUCAUUCAGUGUUGAUGUGAUGUUGUGGUAAUGUUCUGCUCAUGUUGUGGUACAGUGAUGACAGACUGACAUAGUGCUUGUAUCAGCUACUCCAGACUGGGCUGUCUUUCUGUUUCACUUCAGAAGGGAAGGACACAGUUAUUUUUGUACAACAUGCCUGAAUGCUGUGGAUUGUGGAUCGGCUGUGGUAUCAGGGGCUUUGGUAUGGGACUAUAGCCUGGUCGCAGAUCUAUUUGUGCGAUAUUGCCAACUCCUAUGGUCAUUAUCAAGAGGCGUCACAACAAUAGCCAUAGGAGUUGGUAAGACAGCACAAACUGAUCUCGGACCAGGCUAUUCUGAGCUAUGGGGCUAGGGGCUCUGAUCAGUGGGCCUGCCCAGUGGGGGCUGUGGUGGUGGGGUGGUGGGGCAGUGGGGUGUGUGGGAGAGGCCUAUCCUGGAGGUCAGACUCAGAGAUGCUCUAAUGAAUGAGACCAGGGGAGCAACAGGACUUACAAGAGAUUAGUCCUAGCAUAGGAUAGCAUGGGGACAGCUGUCCUGCACACAGACACACCCCAGACCAAACCACUGUCACGCCUCAUAGGGGGGUGAAGAUCAAGUUUAUCUUACUGUGUGUGUGUCAUCCACUGUUACGGAUAGUAAUCUCAGGUCCCCCCGGUCGUUCAUAUUGUGGUAGGAUCUACACAAAGAGAACACUCCCCAGACCAAACCACUGCUACAUCUCAUACGGGGGUGAAGGGAGAUAGAAGGCGAAAGUUUGUCUCUGUGUCAUCCAUUGUUACCAUUCACCCAGGGUCCGUGCUGAUCUAGGAUCAGUUUUGCCUUUUAGAUCAUAAUUAAUAAGAUUAUAUGGACAGGAGGGACCUGAUACUAGUUCAGCACUCCUACUCUGAGACGCUUUCUGAAUACGGGCCCAGGUCCCCCCUGGAGGUUCAUAUUGUGGUAGGGUCUGAAAUGCGGGUCCCUGGUUGGGCUCGGUCUGAGGUACAGGCCAGGGUCAGCUGUGCUAUGCGGCGCCGACACCACACUUAGGACAGAGAGAAAUGUCUGUUUUCAUAUAUUGCACAAUUUAUUUUUGUUAAUACGCAUAUUGUCAUUACUAUUACUCAUAAUAGUACAGAUAAAACCGUUUUUAUUUCUCUGGUUUCCAUUUGUGAUCUAGCACCAAUGUGUUUGCAUAAGGGUUUUUACUAUUGGUCCAUAUGAUAAGCUGACCGUUAAACCCUGAGCAGAAUGGUAUAUGACCCAUGUAUAUUUACAUUUUAGUCAUUUGGCAGACGCUGUUAUCCAAAGCAGCUUAAAGGAGCAAUUUGGGGUUAAGUGCCUUGCUCAAAAGUUUGUUGACAGAUUUUUCACCUAGUUGGUUUGGAGAUUCCAACCAGUGACCUAUCGGUUACUGGCCCAAUGCUCUUAACCACUAGGCUACCUGCCUCCCUACAGUAUAUAUAUACACGGCAGGUUGUAUUUUUUCAAUAAAGUGUGACAAUCUUCUGGACUAUAUGACAUCA